AAGAGGCGCUGUGUUACUCUGGAAGUAAGGAAGGAAGGUUUCCACGCCAAAGGGCGUAACAGGAGUAGCUCCUGGCCUUUUGGGAACUCGGCCUCUUGCGGGCGGGCGCCUUUGGGCAGCUCGUGGCAAGGCAAGGGUUAAAAGGAGCGGCCCCUCCCCCCUCGCUUGUUGCUCUGGAGGUUGAUUCGCCACCUCCUCCUCCUCUGCAGUCACUUCGGUUUUGCCCAGCGCUGGAGCUGGGCAGUUAAUUUUCGGGGGAACUGAUCCACCUUCUCCCGUUACGAGUGGCGGCUCUCGGCUCAAGCGCCAGCGGCGGAGAAUCUGACUCUUGGGGCAUAGGUGAUGCCUUCACAACUGGAUGCAAUCCGCACAGCAGCCACUGGAUGGCAGUAAAGAGUGUGCCAUUAUUUAACCAUCUGCCGUCCUCCAUCUAGGAAUUCCCGAUGGGUCUCGGAGCCAGGUGAUUUCCCUUGGAGGCAAGAGAGAAGGUGAGCUUCCCCAGAAGACAUGGAAGUGAAGGGGCAGCUGAUAAACUCAUCCAGCUACAGCUCUUCAGAAGCCUUGCAGCGAGAGCUCUGUCCUCGGAUUCGGCUAGAGCGGGUGCAAGAACUCCUGGAAAAGCAGAAGUCUCUCCAGCAGGUGCUCAGCCUGCGGCUGAAGGAGCUGCGACGGGUUUGCCUGCAGGAAGCGGAGUUGACCGGAAAAUUACCCCCGGAAUAUCCUCUGGAACCCGGAGAAAGGCUGUGGCCAGUGCGGAGGAGAACAAUAGUGGCAUCCCGAAUUGCCCCUGCCUUGAAGAAUGAGGAAAACCCUUCGCUGGAGGAGCUGAGCCAGGAGCUGGCCCUGCAGCAGCAAGUGGCUGAGGCUGCCAGACGGCUAGCGGUUGCCCCCGACUUAACAGUUGAUCAGCGCCGGCGGCGGCGGCAGGUCCAAGCAGAUGCUGCCCAGCGCCUGCGGGAGCUGGAGGUGCAGGUAGCAGAAUGCCGGGUGUGGCUGAGCAAAGGACCCCUCCAGAGGGCCGCCCCCGAAGAGGCAUUUCACUCGGAGAGCAGCUCCCUCUCUGAAUCAGCCAGCCAUGAAAAUGACGAACCUCGCAGCUUCCAUCCCUCCAAAGUCUCCAACCACCAGGGAGCUUUCCCAGACAGAUCCUCACCUCCCAAGGCCCGAGAUCACCUACGUGCCAUCUCCAGCAGUCCUGACCGCCGACCAGGCUGGCGAAUUUUGCAGCCAGAUCUCUAUAGUGAGGGCAAGGACCGCAGGAACUCUGUUGCCAGCCCAACCAGCCCCAACCGCACCCUCCCCAGAAGUAUGUCCAGCUUUGAGGGCCGGAGCGUCCCAGCGACUCCAGUGUUAGCAAGAAAUGCAUGCAGUGGAACUCACCAAUUAAGGUCAGAGGCCCCAUCUCUCCACUCCCGCCAGUGGUCAGGCAGCCACGAUUCCCAGCUUGGCCCCCCUAGCCGGGACACCAGUGCCGACAGAGCUUCCCUCUUUGCUGCUCGGACCCGUCGAAGCAACAGCUCCGAGGCCUUGAUUGAACGGGCCCCUUCAGAAGACCCCCUCCUGCCCACUGCCCCUCCGUUUAAGAGCGCCGAGGCCCUGACCCCUUGCAUCUCUGGCCGGACUCCUCGCCCACCUUACAACGAUCUCCUGUUGGACUAUUACCUAGAACGCCGGAGCUGUGGGGGUGGUGAGCAUUUGUCUCGCAGGGAUGGGCCUCCCCAGCUAGAGUGGGGAGCCUUCUCUGAAAGCCCGCUUCAGCGCCGAGCCCGACCCGCUGCCCGCACUAAAUCCUGUGGACCGCUGCUGCCCCCACAGUCUCGUGAGGUUGGUUAUGGACCCCCCUUACCUUCUCAUCGCAACUUCCACAAAGCGCUUGCUCUGGAAGGGCUCCGGGACUGGUACUUACGCAACGCUGGAGUUACCCAACGAGGGGCGCCUGAGAGGCGAGGCCCAUCUCAAUCCGUACAUCAACACCUGCGUAGCUACUGUGAUCCGGGACCCUCCAACCCCGAUGUGGGAUAUUACGGGGGACCGGGAGGUGGACUGCCUCACUCUGUGAGCUAUGCGGGGCAGCCACUCUAUGGCAGACCUUUUGCGGACCUGCUUUAUCUGGAAGAUUCUUCUGGCCCUUACAGCUUGGAUUCCACAGAACACCCAACCCCUGGGACGUUGGUUUGAUUCCCCGCCCCCCCCCCAGCCCUUUCCCCUUUUUCCCCAAGGGGAUCUCUUAUCUGGAGUGCUGGUUCUUUUUGUUCUCCAUUUUUUUCCUCGCUGGUGCCUCUCUUUUGCGUCUGAUGCACCGUUGUGGGGUGGGGGCUCCCUGCUGGCAGGGUAGGUUUCCACACGUGUGAGGGUGGGUUGUUGCAUGUCGUUCUGGACACAGGAUGGGGUGGGGGAGGGAGGAUCGUGUCCAUGGGUUCUUCCUACAAUUGUUAACCUCCCCCAUUUCAGACUUUGUGGGGUGGGCGGGGGGGGGGGGAAAUCUGUGUUUACUGUACUACUUCUCCAUAAAAGGGUUUUUCUGCUGUGGGUGGCGCCCUCUUGUGUUCACUGGAGAACAGUGCACUGUUAUACUUGCCAUGGUGCUCCGUGUUGGGGGUAUAGCGUUUAUAAACCCUGGACCCUGGAAUGUAUAAAUGGAGAGGUUUGUGCAAUGUGUUUCUUGUGAAAUGUUAUAUAGCACAGACCUGUCAUCUUGCUAAUGAACAUCAGUCCUGUAAAAAGUAGAGAGAGAGAAAAAAGAUAUCUAUACCGCUCCUGUUGCCCUCACUGUGAAAAACUUUUAAGUUUACCCUUCAAUAUAUUGUCCCUUCCUACUCAUAUCUUGCUCUUGCAAAGCCCUGAGUGAGGACAAAACGCUUAGGGGUUUGGGAAAUGUUUGCAGGAUCCAUUGGAUGAACCUAUUUCAUGGCCCUGACCUUCUUCCUAGCAGGGGAACUCCACCAUAGUGCUGGAUAUAGGAAUGCAGUAACUGGCUCUACCCAUUAACUGGCUCCACCCAUUCAGUUCAGUUAUUGCCUCUCACGGCAGGAGAACCCAGCUGAAGGCAAAAUACAGUCUGAUCCAUUCAGUGGGCUAUGGGAAAAGCCAGCUGCUUCCAUGUGGCCUUCCCCAAAACUGCUGUGGGUGUACAUGUAUCAAAACCAAAUUCUCACUGGGAAUGGGUCGCACCAACUGUAAUGGGCAAUGCAACCCUUCGUUUUUCUAAAAAUACGGCUGCACACCCUUUUCUGCCCACUAAACUGGACUGGUUAUUUUCUCCUGUAUCCUUCAUCUGACGUGCUUCUGGCCUUCUCCCCCAAUUAUUUCAAAACUGGAAGGAACAGCUUGCCUUUUCUCCUUUCGCUGUAAUAAUAACCAUUAUCCAUCCUCAUGAUAACUGUAAAAUGUGUGAUGGUUUUCCCCUGCUCUCAACAAUUGCACAUAAAAGGAAAAGUCACUUUGUUUAAACUCUGUGCCAAUGGAAUCCAGGUCAUUCUGGAGCAGAGGGAAGGAGGGAGGUUGAGAGAACCCAAGAGAGGUUCCGAUUUUCUCCGCCUCCCGUCCCUGGCUGAAGGAACAGGGGCCAUAUUGGAGUCACUGUCUUGUGUGUCCUUUUAAUAUACACUGAUGUAUAGAUUAUAUAUGGGGAUCUAAAUGUAAAACUGAGCACUGUGCAUAAGGGAGAGGUUUCUAUAAUAAAAGAUUGUAAACGAGGCCAUGAUGUGUGAGAAUUU